AUGUCGGAAAAGCGUUCUAGAGAAGAAAGGAUAGACAAGUUACAUCGAAACGCAAGAGCUCCUUUCAAGCUGAACAUCAGAGAAUUCCUACCGCCAAUGAAUUUUCAAGUUCCAAAGCUGCCAGAAUUCGAUGAGAAAACAGAUGAUCCAGAUCAGCAUGUUUUACACUAUGAAACUGCCAUGACUCUGUGGAAGUUUAGCGAUGAAUUGAUGUGCAAAAUGUUUCCACAGUCACUGGAUGGUGGAGCAAUAAAGUGGUUCAAUCAACUCCCGGCACAGUCAAUUAAUACUUACCAUGAGCUGGUUGGAGAAUUCUGCUCUCAUUACAAGUAUAACAGACGUGAUCGGAAGGGAUGCCACACAUUUUUCCUUUUAGUAAUUCGGAAGGAGGAAAGUAUCAGACAAUUUACUCGGCUCUUCAAGCAAGAAUUGACCGAUGUAGAUGGUGCCAACGACCAAGUCGUCAUAGAAGCUUACAAACAGGCAUACCAAUAUGAUGAAAGAGGUGUGUACGGUUCCUUGGUCAAGAGACCACCCAAAACUCUUGAAGAAUUGUAUGAUCGAGCUGAAGAAUUGUAUGAUCGAGCUGAAGAAUACGCUCGAGUGCAGGAUGAUUCCAAAGCUCGAGAUACAAGAGAAGUUAACAGAUCGUCCAAUCAUCCAAAUGAUGGGAGGAAAGACAAGUCGAAGAACCGUUCGAGCGGGCAGCAAAAUGAUCGAGGUGAGGUUCGAGAGAAAAACCAAGGUGAACGAAUGGAAACUGGAUAUCAGAAAUAUCAUAAUUGGAAGAUGACACCGUUGAACAUACGGCUUACAGAGUUGUAUGAGAAAAUAAGCAAGGAUUUAAGCCCCCCUCGUCCUGUGCCAGCGGAGAAACGCGAUAAACAUGAUAAGAGCAAAUACUGCAACUUUCACAAGGACCAUGGUCAGAAGACUGAGAAUUGCCGCUCUUUACAGAUCGAGGUCCAGCGAAUGAUAGACGCUGGAAAACUACAAGAGUACGUGAAAAAUAAUUUCGGGAAAGGUCCUUGA